UUAAUGCUGAUGGUCUUCUGCGCAUGCGUUUGCCCAACAGCUACUACUCACCACCACCAUGCACAUGCAGAGAAAUCCCAUAACGUGAGGGGCACAGCUCACCGGAGGGACUAGCUAGUUGUUUUGCAGCUGUUCGUGUGCUGUCUGUUUACACCUGCCUUUAUUUAUGUGUACUCGUGCAUCAAGUCGCGAUUGACAGCGACACGUAGUUUUGUUGCACAGCGUCUUUAAUUCACCAAGUGUCGGGACUUGAAGCGAGCGAUGUCGGAGGAGGACUGGGUGGCAACAACAACAACAGGGCGCGCUGCUGUCCCGUUAGCAUCGCAACGACCUCCGGUCCAUGUUGUCUAACCCGAAUACACCCGCCCACGCCUCCCGUCCAGCCCAGUCUAGUCCAGACCCGAGGCCCACCGUAAUGGCCGAGGAGGACCCCCAGCAGCAGCCGGACCGCAGGGCGAGGAGCCUGCCCGGCCUGCUCACCGGGCUGCAGGGCGCUGAGGCCAGUGCUCUGCAGCUCAGGAUCAAGAACUCCAUCUGCAAAUCGGUUCAAUCAAAAGUGGAAAACAUCCUGCAAGAUGUGGAGAAGUUCUCAGACAUUGAAAAACUCUACCUCUACCUUAAGUUGCCUUCUGGUCCGAGCGCUAGCAUUGAGAAAAGUGACCAGAGCGCCCUGUCAUCGAGCCGCACUCAGCAGAUGCAUGCGUUCAACUGGAUCCGCCAUCAUUUAGAGGAAUACCCAGAGACGUCUCUUCCCAAACAGGAGGUCUAUGAUGAAUACAAGAGCUUCUGUGACAACCUGAACUACCACCCACUGAGUGCUGCAGACUUUGGAAAAAUGAUGAAAAAUGUCUUCCCGAACAUGAAGGCCCGUCGACUUGGCAUGAGAGGAAAAUCAAAAUAUUGCUAUAGUGGACUGAGGAAGAGGCCCUUUGUUCACAUGCCAUCUUUACCCACUCUGGAUCUCCAUAAAACAGGGGAUGGGCUCCAAUGUGAUGUCCUCGACUCACCGGGCCAGCUGAGCAGCAUUAAGGAGGACGUGCGAUUUGCAGCCUGUGAUCUGGUGUGUGAGUGGGCCCAAAAGGUGCUGAAACGCCAGUUUGAUGCCGUGGAAGACUUGGCUCGCUUCCUACUCGACAGCCAUUACAUCAGCAACAAGUCUCUGGCAGCGCUCACCAUUAUGACCGGCACAGCAACAGAGGUGAAGCCUCUACUGACGGUCUCAGCGUUCAUCCCCACGGCUGAGGCUCAAUCCUUCCAGCCUCAUGUGACGACCCUGUCCUCACCUUCUGUCGAUGCAAAGCAGCAGCUCCAGAGGAAGAUCCAGAGGAAACAACAAGAACAGAAGCUGCACUCUCCUUUACCUGGAGAGGUACAAACCAAGAGAGCAGAUGACAGUGUGCCUUGUGCCAGCCCCACCCCUCUGUCACCCCAGCCAACCAUAGGCAUCAUGGUCGCUACUGUGCCGAGCCCCAUCACGGUACAGAGAGGCAGGCAGCUGAUGUCCCCCAGUCCAUUGGGAACAGUAGAGAGCAAAAUGCUGCCUAUUAACUUCCAAAUGGUGACCCAGCCAGUUCAGGCAGUGAAACAGAGCCCCAAAACCCCCCAAAAUAUUCUAGCCAGUCUCGGGGGAGAACGCACUGCUCGCCAGCGCUAUGCACAAAUCCUGCCCAAACCUGCGGCCACAACUGCUAUCACUCUGCGCUCGCCCUCCACCAUGAUCAUCAGCAACAGCCCCGUUAAGACCAUGAUGACGACAUGUCAUGUCAGCCCAGUCAGUUUGGUCAACUUGACAGCCAUAUCGCUUGCAACCAGCAAUACCACCACCUCCCUCACGAACGCCACUCUGCGGCCGGCAUCUGCAGGCUUUAGUAGUUCUGCAGUUGCAGAAGACAUCAGCUUCAAUCGAAGCAUGAGGAGCACCUCUGCUUUCCCCAUUCUGGCCCCGGUGGCCAGACCCGGGCAGACUACUAACUCUCAUAGCAUCGAUGUUGAAAUGGAAGUUGAAGCUAUACAUAAAAACAGCCAAAUGCAAAAUCCUGGCUCUCUAAUUUUCACUCAAGAAGCAAUUGCAAAUAGAGCUGGAGGGGCUUUACAGAGGGCUGCCAGUGUGCCCAUACCUCAGUCUAAAGGCUUCAUAGGUCUGGAGAACACAUCUAUCUCUAACUGCCACGGAAAGUCCUUCUUGAGCACUAACACUGAGGCGGCAGUCCAAUGCAGCAAUAAUGGCGCUAAUAAUACAAGCAUUUUGCGCUUAACUCCCUUCACUCAGAAUACCAGCGCUGUUUCUUUACUGAACACCAGCACACCAACUUCUUUUGAGGAAAGGAGCGGUGUAACAGCAACAAAGGGAGGUUUCCUGUCUACUAAGAGCCUCAGGAAACGUUCAGGCCUCAGUCCAGAUCUUUCUCCAAUCAAAAGGGUUUUUGUGCCCCAGCAGCCAGAACUAGAGGGCGUUGCUGGUUUUGGAUAUGGGAUUAGAAACACGGUCGGUAACAUCCUCAGGCCAGGAGCUCCAACUAGACCUGAAAGUGCCCCAGCUACCAGGGAGGUAGAGAUGAAAAUGAACUCCGCUCAAGUCCACUCACUCUGCCCUUCAUCUUUCAGAGCCAGUGGAUUCUACUCUGUUGCCAAAUCCCAGAGCUCAAUGCAGAGGAAUAACACUUCCACUGUUAUGGAAACCAGCACCUCAGCCAGUCAUGCAUUAAUGCAGCAACAGCAGGGGCACACAAUGGCUACUAUGCGCGGCAUACCUAAUAACCCCAGCUUCCAAACACAUUCAGGUGUGAGUGAUGUAAGGAGUUCAGCCACAGGGAGCCUAGAAGGAGCUCAACAACAUACCUACACUCAGUCUAACCCUGCUACUGAACCCUUGGACUUUUUGAAUCAAGCUUCGUUGUCAAACCAGCACCCUAUGCAGACGGAUAUGGACUACUUUCCCUUUGAUGAUGAUGUGACUCAGGACAGCAUUGUGGAGGAGCUGGUGCAGAUGGAGGAGCAGAUGAAACUUAACAACAUGCAGGAGUUUGGAGGCUGUGUCCCACUGCAAGGCCAACAGGCUGCGAUGCCGGACCACCUGAUGUCCACCAAUCAGACCAUGACUGCUUUCUAUCAUGCUGCGAACAGCCACAGCAACCCAAUGCAAACUCCAACACCAACACCGACACCCACUCCCACACCGACGUCUGAAAUGAUGGGAGGAGGCCAACGCCUCACCGGAGAGAGCCCCUUCUCCCGCAUCACCUCCACAACCCCGGUGGACAGCGCUCUGGGAAGCAGUCGUCACACCCCAAUUGGUACUCCACACUCUAACUGCAGCAGCAACGUGCCUCCCAGCCCCGUGGAGUGCAGGAACCCGUUUGCAUUUACACCCAUCAACUCCAGCAUCACUGGUUUCCAUGACGGCAGCACCGUCUCCAGCAGCCCGGUCAAGCCCAUGCAGAGACCGAUGGCCACCCACCCAGACAAGACCAGGCUAGAGUGGAUGAAUAACAGUUACAACAGCAGCAGUGGGAGCAUAAACAAGUCAAACAGUGGAAUGGGAAUCCUCCCCGGCUAUCAAGGCUUGAUAGGUGACCAUUUUCAAAAGCCUCACGCCUUCGCCGUCCCUCAUGCGCGGCACCACGACAGCCAUUUUGGCCGCCUGACUCCCAUCUCGCCCGUGCAGCAGCAGGUAGUUAACAUGGCCAAGCAAGAGGGCUUUGCUGUGCCUGCCCCUCUGGACAAAGCCACCAACUCACCCGCUACAACUUUUCGAUGUCGCAGCGUAAGCCCCGCUGUGAAUCAGAGGAACUUGAGUGGAAACACAGGAAACCUUCCUCAUAUCCCUCGUUCAGUAGUGUCUCCCUUUAACUCUCCUGUGACGCCUGAGAUGUUAAACAUCUUUGCAAACAGCCAGACAAAUCUUGGGGUGAGCAGCAUGGCUCAGAGGAGCCAUUCUGUCCCGCUCAACGUCAUGAUGCAAACUGAGGUCCUGCCCACGUCGGGCCAACAAUGCAACAGCAAAAACAUCACCAAUGUCCUUUUGAGCAAGCUGGAAGGGGACCAUGACGACGCUGUUCGGGGUCUGGGCAUCAAUAAUUUAACCUCCAGCUACACUGCACGCAUGAACCUCACCCAGAUCCUCGAGUCCGACCCCAACCUCUCCUGCAGUGACAACCACCUCAGCCUGAUGACCUCUGACUCCACCAGCACAUGCAAGCUGCAGAGGCCAAAUUACCUCAUUGAAAAUGCUAUUAAUGAACAAAUGAUUCUCUUAGCAGGGGACAGCCGAGUACAAUCAGCUUCUGGAGAGCAGCAUCGACAACAGGCGCAGUCUAUCUUUAGCUCACAGCUGCAUCAAGAAGAACUACAGCAGCAGUUGGAUUUCAGCAGCACUGUGAAGGACCUCCUGACAGACAACAGCCUUACUGCUGGCGGUCAGCUCAUGGACCAGGUGUCAGAGCUAACUACAGGCGCGGCAGAUUUCCCCUGUGAAAUCAGAAUGACAUCGGAGCUCUCCAGUAGCAUCCACGACCUCAACGCGUUGGACACAGAGCUUCUGUUUGACCCCAACCAGCAGCAAGGGCAAUAUCAAAAUUCUGCGGAGGAGGAGCUGGUGAAUGAUGCUCUGUUUCAGCAAAUUACCAGCGAGACGGCGCAUUCAACUGCACUUGACUGGCUCGAAAGCAAAGAUCACUCAACUGUUGGGUUGAUGGGUUAAGAAUUUUUUUUUUUAAGUCAUGUUGAACAUGUAAACCUGUGGUUGCUGAUUGUUUUAUUUAUUUUUAGGCAUUUACACUUUAUAAUGCAACACUGGACACAUUGAGGUUUGUCCAGUUUAAGUGCCAGGCUGAACUGCAUUGAUGCUGCAACACUCUGAUUCAAAUGCUGGUCAUUUCCCUUUAAUCAGAGGACCUCGCGUUUUUUGAUUAAGAGCAUUUCCAACAAGUAAACAAAGGUAACUGAACAAAAACAAAAAAAAUCUUUUUUUAUGUAGCGUUCAAUGUUUCACUGAAUAGUCAGUGAAGAAAUCAUAACAGAAGCAUCGAUUUCUUAGUGUAAAGAAAUGUGGAACAAGAAUAUCAUUGUGUCUAAAUAUUUUGACUCCAGGCAUUAUCUAACUAAAGCAUAAGGUACAAAAUGACUAAAUAUACUUCUGAGCUAAUAUGACAUAAUUGAAACAUUUGUGUGCGAUGAAAAAAACUGGAAGUAUCACAAGUUAUCUUUGCAGGAGCUUUAAGUGCAUUUUUCUUUAGCCAAAAAAUAUAUUAACAACAAGACAUGUUUAAAAGUGUACACUCAAUCUAUAUAAAUAUAAUUUAGUGACAGAAACAUAUAACCAUAAAUAAAUAAAUCCAUUUAAUAUAUUCUUGUGAUCUGCUAGAGUUGGCAUGGAGCAUAUGAAAAAAGGAUGUGGAUGAAUUAAAAAUAAUAAAUGUUUAAGCAACACUGAUGGUUCACUUCACUAUAUAUUAUUACUUUAAUAGUGUACCAGAACCAUAAAGGAAGUGAUAAAUGUAUAAAACUGUCAAUUCAUCUGGUUUUCAUAUCCACGUAUUUAAGAUUUGAGCUGUUAUUCUUUUAUACAAGGCCUUCCUGACUAUCAUCACAGACUUUGUGCCUCUCAAAAUGAGCCAAUCGAUUAAAAGAGCCAAGUGAACCUCCCCAUAAUUAUCACCAGAAUCAAACGUCAGUUCAAUUUAGAGCUCAGACAGCUUGAAGAUGAUAUCAAUAAUAGAGUAUGGCCUCUCUUUUGCACCUUGUUUUGUAUUUAAAACCACAUUUUGCAAAAGUUUGACAAAAAAAGAAAGAAAUUGUCUUGUUUAAUCAGAACUAUAAAGUAGAAAUCUUUAUCAAUCCCUUUCAUUUAAAUGCAAAAUAUUGUCAACAAGUUUCAUAAAUACAUACAUGUAUGAUUCUUGUGUAAAAGAAGAAUUAUGGAACAUAAUGAUAGCCAUUUUCUAACAUGGGGAUUUCAAUCAAAAAGACAGCUAAUCACUGAUCAAAUGUGAAAGUCUUGUUUUACACUGAGCUGUGUGUAAAGAAGAGAGUUUCUGAGCCUUAUGUCCAUACCAAAGACUUUAAAAUGUAACAUGCACUAAGAUCUUACAUACGUGACAUACUGAGUUAUGUUUGAUAACAGCCAUAACAAAUAUAUUCUGUAAUGUGAAGGAUAAAAUGAGAAAGAAGUGGAACAUUUGUGACAUUUGCAACACUGGAAAAAAAAAACGUUUCUUUAUAUAAUCAGUACAUCAGGACAAUGUUAGGGUUUCUUUGUUUACUAUUGUUAAUGCUUUUGUAAACCCAACAGGUAUAUAAUGUUUUUACGGAGGCAAAAAACACUGUAAUUUAUUCAGUUUCUCUGUGUUAGAGUGUGUUUGUAUUGUUGGUCACACUAACUUUAUUUGUUGUACAGAUUGGAGGUGUGCCUGUGUUUUUGUUUUGACUAUUUAUUUUAGAGUGUGUUCUUUGUUCAGAAGAUGUAACCUUGCAAACCAUGUAAUCUUGUGAAUUCAUGAUAAUCUGACUUGCACUGUUAAAAUGUUUCGUAGCAUACUUCAUAGCAUAUUACCACCUACCAUAUAUGGUACCUUUUUUUAACAGAUGAUUUGUCAAAUAUGGUGAAUAAUAAGAAAAAUCUCACUCAAAACUGGAUUUUGGCAGAAAAUGAUCCGAGAAAAAUAUUUGCACACGUUUUAAAAUGUGGAAAUGAGAAUUUUAGUGUCACAAUAUAUUUCAAACGCAGUACAUUGAAUCUCUUUCAGUGCGUUGAUUUGACAGUUGUUUUAUACAUAUAGAAAACCUUUCAUUUCUGUAAAAGCAGAUUAUAUCAUUGUGAUAUAUAAUCUCAAUUUGAGUAUAAUUUAAUAUUGAGCAAUUGAGAUAUACCUUUUUUUAUUUUUUAUUUCUGCUUCAGUUUUUCUUUACUGUGUCUGUGAAAACAAACAAAGCAUUUACUUGGUUAGCACUGAUGUCUGUGUUUAAAGAAGACUUUACCCUUCCUCUUUUUGUUCAGAGCUGUAGAACUGCCCUCUACUGUUAUGUUUUGCAUUUUAGCAAGUGCUUUUAUAAGGGGAAGUGCUUGUUAAUACUGGUUUUUAAAGACUUUUUAAAACUAAUAAACAUUUUUAAGUACAUCUGUAA